CCCCCACCCUUGGUUUCCUCAACAGGUAAGUACAUAUCAUUGUCCUGAUGACACCACCCAUGAAGUUUCCUGCUUUGCCUCCUGCCAUCUGUAUUCUAUGGGAGCCUUCAAAAACCUUUGUGUGAAAGUUGACUUUAGUUUAGCGACUGGAGAAUGGAGAUGGUUGGAGACUCCAAGGAUGGUGGGGUCCUCAGAAGGAGGGGGUGGGAUAUUCAAUCAUUGGAAAGUUCAAGUUUAGAGAGCUGAUAACAGCAUUAGCAACACUUCCCAUCCAUUAUCCGCCAUCAGGAUCCAGUGUAGAUGCUUUUGGGAUAGGACAUCUGAGGAAUCAGGGAAAGGAUUCAUCUGAUAACUGGAAGGGAAAAAAAAAUUAUAUGGGAAUAGUAUGAUGGGAUUCUGAAGAAGUUGAGCAAUGGAAGCCAGUAGCUUGCCGAGCCGCACUCUCUCGGAUGGCGCUGCCAAUUUGGAUCUCUUGGAUCAGUUGCUGUCGGAGGAGGGAUGGCUGGAAUUCCCCAAUUCCUCUGAUGUCUUGCAAACCAACACACCGAGCUCCAUGAGCCCCUUCGAUUCCUUAAGCUUUUCGCCUCUUUUUGAGGUCAGCUACAGUAAUUCUACUCCAGUCCUGCCGGAAAGUGAUAAUCCAGAGGACACAGAUAGGUCUGCCAUCUCUACAAAUCCACCUUCAGAUGAAAGCCAAGUAGAAAAAAUCGAUAGAACGCAUUCCCUUAAUUCAAGCACCUUCGGGCGAAUCAUGUAUUCAGUUCCAUCAGGUGAAUUGAGCACGAUCAAUCCAAGCCCCGAGCCAGGCACGAAUUGGUGGAUCCGGCCGAGCAGUUCCAUCUCGUCGGUGAAGGAAAGAUUCAUGCAUGCACUUAGCUACAUCAAGGAGACCCACAGAGAGGGUAAUGUCCUCGUUCAGCUAUGGGUGCCCAUGAAGCGGGGAGACCAACUGGUGCUUACAACUUAUGGUCAACCUUUCUUGGUUGAUCCCAAUUGUGAGAAGCUUGUGAAUUACAGGGAGAUUUCGACGAACUACCAAUUCUCAGCUGAAGAGAGCUCUGGCCAGGCAUUAGGCUUGCCCGGCCGGGUCUUUCUUGGAGGGCUACCCGAAUGGACGCCAGAUGUUCGGUGUUUUACCAGCUCCGAGUUUUUGCGCGUCGGUUAUGCCCAGCGUUUGGAUGUUCGCGGCACAAUAGCACUUCCGGUUUUUGAGCGCGGGGGUCGGUCUUGCUUGGGUGUUGUGGAGGUUGUGACGACUACCCGAAAUAUUAGCUACAGUUCUGAACUCCAAAACAUCUGCAAUGCUCUCCAGGCAGUUGAUCUUAUGAGUUCUGAAGUUCUGAGUGUUCCCCAUUUAAAGGUAAGUAUCAGUUCCUACCAAGCUGCUUUACCUGAGAUUCUAGAGGUGUUAAAAACCGUCUGCAAGAUACACAAACUGCCAUUAGCCCAGACUUGGAUCCCAUGCAUUCAACAAGGCAAGACAGGAAGCCGCCAUUCUAAGGAGAACUACGAAGAUUGUGUCUCCACUGUCGAUGCUGCUUGUUAUGUGAAUAAUCCUUCUAUGUUGAGCUUUCACAGGGCAUGUUCUGAGCAUCACUUGCUAAAAGGGCAAGGUGUAGCCGGUAAAGCUUUCACGACGAAUGAACCAUGUUUUUCUCCAGAUAUUGCUGCUUCCUGCAAGACAGAAUAUCCUCUAUCUCACCAUGCAAGGAUGUGCAACCUAAAGGGUGCGGUGGCAAUCCGCCUGCGAAGCAUUCGCACUGGAAAUGCUGACUUUGUAUUGGAGUUCUUUUUACCACUUGAUUGUAUAGGGAGUGAAGAGCAGAAGUUGAUGCUUAAUUCAUUGUCAAACACUAUCCAACAGGCUUGCCAAACUUUGCAGGUCGUAACAAUCAAGGAGUUAGAUGAUGAGGCGAUGCUGCAAUUAAAUGAAUCAAUUCCCUCAGAACUUCGGUUUGACAGAUCUGGUGCUGAAGAAGGUCACAGACAAAAUGUCGACGAUGUUCUUUCAGUGGAGGCCUCAGAGAAAGAAACAAGUAGAUAUUUGGAACUCGAGAAGCAUUGGGUUGAAGGAUUUACAGUCACAACUCACAGUAAUCAACCAGAGGUGGUAUUACCUGCAGGAGAGAUAUUCUCAGAGUUUAAACAGCAUUGUCAAGAUUUGCAGAAAGAUGCCAACAGUCAUAAGGAUUCUUUUAUCGAUGAUUCUAACUUUCCACUUUCUAGGAAAGCAAUAGAAAAGAGGCGUACAAAAGCAGAAAAGACUGUCAGUUUGGAAGUUCUUCGGCAUUACUUCGCUGGUAGCCUGAAGGAUGCAGCAAAGAGAAUUGGAGUGUGCCCUACAACUCUGAAAAGAAUAUGCCGGAAGCACGGGAUAUCUCGUUGGCCUUCACGAAAAAUCAAGAAAGUGGACCACUCUUUAAAGAAACUGCAGGUUGUCAUUGACUCAGUUCAUGGUGCUGAUAAAGCCCUUCAACUCAGUUCCCUAUACAAAGAAUUUACUAAGACCUCCGGGCCGGAUGGGAAUUUAUCAAGAAGCAUCACAUUUUCCCCAGUGAAUCAAAAGGAUCUUCCAGAAUCUACCCAUCGACAAGAAGAUGCUAGAUUCAGACUUCAUCUGUCAUCACCUUCUCAUUCCUCCUCAUCAUGCAGUCAAAGUUCUAGUUCUAGUCACUCUUCUUCAAGUGGGGCAAAGCAGGCCACUCAAGCUGCUGGAUUUAUAAUCAAACCAGAAUCUUCCUUGGAAGAGAGCCCAAGUGGUAUUCCUGAGAGAAAAAAUAGUCAGGUGGAUUUGUCUCUCCCAACUCAAGAGGAAACUUUAUGUCCAAAUAGAUUUGAAGAUCAUAAGUCAAUUAUUGGGCAUUGUUCUUCUAGAACCUUGUCUUCUUUGCACAUGGAUACUAGCACUUGGAUUAGAGUAAAAGCCAUGUAUGGAGCAGAGAAAGUUCGGCUUCGGUUGCAGCCUACAUGGGGUUUUCAAGAUUUGAAACAAGAAAUAACAAAGCGGUUUGAUAUAGGCAAUACAAGUUCGGUGAAUCUCAAGUACUUGGAUGAAGACACAGAAUGGAUCCUACUAACAUGUGAUGCAGAUCUCCAGGAGUGCAUUCAUGUAUACAGAUCAUCUGGUGCUGCAACAAUAAAAAUUUCUGUUCAAUCUGUUGGAUUGUCAUGAUGAUUAAAGAGCCUCUAUCUGAUUCAGCAUCAUUAGCAGCAACAACAAGAACAGGAGCAACAAAGGGAAUAGAAGAACACUUUCUUGUUGUUAUGAUAUGGAUGUUACAAGACUUGAGCUUAGAGAGCACUCUAGAAGUUGGAUUUAAAAGAGUAUAUGAAUAUCUAAGCACUAGGGUCCUUGCAGCCACAGCUUGGUCAAUGCAGCAAAGGAAACUAAAGGAAACAAUGGUCCACGUUGAUAUGAUAUUUUCUGAUAGGAUAUUAUUUCAUUCUUAUUCUUAAUGAGGUCAUGAGUAAGCUUGCUGGCUGAACCUCUUGGUCUGGGCAUGAUUGUUCCCUGCAGUAAUACCAUUGUUGGCUGUGGACCAGAGAUGUUUACCUAAUAAGCUUGGACAGUUUUUAAGUUGUGCUGUACAUUUCUGGGUGUGGUUUUCAGGCUAUAAGCUCUUAUGGCCGUGCACAAUUUGUUAGAUUUAGUCUCCAACUCUUUAUAAGAUGAGGUAAUGUAGUAAACUUGAUAUACUUAAUCAGCUCCAGGUUAAGGAUGGUCCUUAUGUUUUGGUAAUAUCUUAGAAUGUGAUAACUGUAGAUGGCUGUUAUUAGACAUGCUCUUUUGAAGUCAUGACUAGAUGGAGCAAAAGCAGUUGAUUAUGAUCGAGCUGUGCACAUGAGACGCCCGAAGACUGAAUAAGGUGUAGGCACUGCAAAAAUAAUUUUGUUGUGCUGCAUUUCUUUUGAGUGUAUUUGGCUCUGGUCUUAACACUUGAUGGUGCUAUGGCAGGCAAGCUAGAUAUGAAGAAAUGUGACACAAAUCACUAUGCUGAAGUUUCUAGUCCAGCAGCAAGAUUCAUAGUCGACUAGCAAAAGAUGAAUGGAUGCUGUGGGAAGAAACUUGUGUUCUAAAUACAACAAAGAGGCUGGUGUCACUGGCCAUUGGAAAUUAAACUCGGAAGGAGAAAAUCAGAAAACUUUGCCCCAUGGAGUCACAGUAAUGUGCCAAUUGCUUGAUGGUCAUCUCCCAUCUCUGAGCAAAGCUAUGGUAGAUCGACAGUUCUGUUUCUUGGAAACCUUAUCAUAUCCUGUGGUAUUUUGUGAGGGCUCCUAUUGGACUAUCAACACUUUUUAGAUUUUGUUUUUGCCAAGAUCCAGAAAAAAAAAAGCAUUUGAUAUCCUUUGCUGCAUAUGAUAUUAUGAUUUAAGUUGUUUGCCAUAUGUUGCUAUCUUAAGUCCAGUUCAAUGUAAUAAAAUCUUCAUUUUUUUCAUUAA